AUGCACAGCCAAUCAAAAUUUGAGUUUAUCGAUUCUUAAACAAAGUAUAUAAUAGUUUUUAAUGCAUAAAAAUAAAUUAACAACAAAAUGGUAAAGUAUGAAUAAUAUAUGUUAGAGUGGCAUAGCAAAGAGUGCAAAAGGCGGAAAAGGUGGAAAAGGUGGAAAAGGAGGAAAAUUUGGCUAAGGCAAGAAUAAGAAAGCACCAUAAUCUAGGUCUUUGAAGGCAGGACUUUAAGUAGAAAAUGAAUCAAUUAUAAGUUCCCUGUUGGUCGUAUUCAUAGAUAUUUGAAGUAAAGAGUAUCUGCCAAAAACAGAGUAGGAACAACAUCAGCUGUUUACACAUCAGCAAUUUUAGAAUAUCUGACAGCAGAAGUUCUUGAAUUAGCUGGAAAUGCUUCAAAAGACUUUAAAGGUAAUUCAAAUUAUUAAUUUUAAUCAUAGUGAGAAGAAUUACACCAAGACAUCUUUAAUUAGCUAUUAGAGGUGAUGAAGAACUAGAUAUUCUCAUUAGAGCUACUAUUGCAGGUGGUGGUGUGAUCCCCCAUAUUCACAAAGCUUUGUUAGGCAAAUAAACACCAGAAGGAGGUAUUCCAAAGGAAUGAU